AGGCACAACCGGUUCAUUAACCGUCCAGCUACAGCCGAUAACCUUUUCAACCUCUAAUAGUAUCGAUGGCGCUCCAGGAAAGGCAUCGAUGGAUGGCGGCCAACGUGGCCGCAGCCUUUGGCAUGUCCGACAGGGUCCAUGUCGUUGAGCAAGUCUUGGGCGAGUACAAUAACCUCAAGAAGUUGAACGACUUCUUGGAAGGCAAGAGCAAGCACAAGCACGUCUUUGUGUACUACCAGCGGCCGGACGUGAUCAACGAUGCCAACGAGCUUGUAGAUGCGAAAGGUGAUGCAAAGCUCAUGAUCACCACUGGAGAGCAUGAGGAUGUCCGAAUUAAGAAUCGAGCUGUUUAUUUUUUGCGGAAUGUGGCUGACUCCAAGCCAGUGAAGGCGGAUGUGGCCUCGGAUGGUGACCUGCUCUUCGGGGAGAUGGCGGCAUCUCCCUUGGAGAGUCUGAACACAGGCCUCUUAGAUGUCUUCAAGCCCUUGGUGAACCAAGUGGCCACUGACUGGGCAUCCUGCGAAGCGGAACAAGCCAAUGAGUUCAAGACCACCUUCGAAAAGUUUACUAUUGAGCUCUCUCAGGGCAUUCAGUCGCUCUCCGGUGGCAUCGACCUGCCGAGCCCCGAGCCGACGGAUGUGGAUCUCCGAAAUCAGACCCUGAACGACGUGGCCAAGGACCACCCGGAGCUGGUGACGAAGUACGAACAGCUCUUGGAGGUCUGGUGUCGUCAAAUCGAGCAAUACCUGGAAACGACUUUGGAGGGGCAACAGAAGGACUCGGCAGGUGACCAAGGGCCGCGUACCGAGCUGGACUUCUGGCGAAAUAGGCUACAGAAGAUCACCUCUAUCACGGAGCAACUCAGGACCAAAGAGCGGAAGAUGGUCUUCGGCUUGCUGCGCACCAUCACAAACGUGAGUCAGGAGGUAGCUCCGAAGAACCGCCAGUCUGUUUUCAACACGCUCCGGAGAUGGAAGCAGAUCGAAAUUGCCAUCACCGAAGCAUUCAACGAGGCAAAAGACAAUGUGAAGUAUUUGACCACCUUGGAAAAAUUCAUUGAGCCACUGUACACCGGUACUCCUAGUACCAUCAUUGACACAUUGCCAGCAUUGAUGAAUGCGGUGAAAAUGAUCCACACCAUUGCCCGCUACUACAACACCACCGAACGCAUGACCAACCUUUUCGCAAAGAUUACCAACCAGAUGAUCACCAACUGCAAGGAGUGUGUUCUGGAAGGUGAAGAGUCAGAAUUCCUCUGGCAGAAGGAUCCGCUGGUACUCAUCAAGAACCUGUGGUCUUGCAUCCGUCUGAACGAUGAAUACCAGGAGUACUACCGCCAGACAAAGGAGACACUUUUGACUCUGCCCAAAGGCAAGCAGUUCGACUUCAGCGAGACGCUGAUUUUCGGUCGUUUCGACCUUUUCUGCCGGCGAGUCACCAAGCUGAUCGACAUGUUCCAAACAGUCCACCAGUUCACGUCUUUGUCCCAGCACCGCUUUGAUGGGAUGGAGCCGCUAGUCCUCUCCUUCAAGAAGACCUUGGAGGCACAGCUUGAUGACUUCCACAACAAUCGCUUCGACCGUGACUACGUGGAGUUCAAUGUACGCAUCUCUGACUUGGAGAGUAACCUUCGGCAGUUUAUCAACCAAUCCUUUGAGGCUAUUGCCUCCAUCGAGUCGUCUCUGAAGUUGUUGGCCAAGUUUCAGAGCAUCCUGCAGCGCGACAGUUUGCGUCAAGAUUUGGAGACCAAGUUUGCUGUGAUCUUCCACAACUAUGGCUUGGAGCUCACGCAUGUGCAAGACCAGUAUGAGAAGUACAAGACAGGCCCUCCACUGGUGCGCAACCUUCCCCCGGUGGCCGGACACAUCACCUGGUCUCGACACCUCUAUAGGCGAAUUGAGGGGCCUAUGCAAAAGUUCCAGACCAAUCCUGCGGUUUUGGCCGGGAGGGAUUCGCGCAAGCUGAUCCGAAUGUACAACAAGAUGGCCAAGACACUGGUGGAGUUUGAGACUCUGUGGUACCAGGCCUGGGUGAGCAGCAUUGAAACCGUGAAAUCAGGUCUGCAGGCCACCUUGAUCAUCAAGCGACUUGGACCAAGGCAUCCUGAUGAUGGCAUGCGUUUCCACGUGAACUUCGACUGGGAGAUCCUGCAGCUCAUCCGAGAGACCCGCUGUCUGGACCGCAUGGGCGGUGUGGAGAUUCCAGAAUCUGCCAAGAUGAUCUUGUUGCAGGAGCAGAAGUUCAAGACCUACAACCACGAGCUCUCCUUUUUCUUGAAGGAAUACCGCCGCGUCACGCAGUCAGUGAAGCCCAUUGCCACCAAUUUGAUGCGACCUCACAUGGAGAAUUUGGAGUUCAAGAUGAGGCCGGGAUUGGUGAUCUUGACCUGGACCUCCAUGAACAUCGAGGCGUACUUGGAUGAAGUGUGGAAGGAGCUGGACAGGCUUGAACAGCUGGUGUUGGCGGUGAACGACCUGAUGGAAAGCCGCAUCGAUGCCAAUUUGAAGAUCGUGGCCAAUGUUCUCUUGGUGAACCUCCCAGAGGAGCAAGAGCUAGUGACCUUGGAGGAGUUUGUUGAGAUGCAGGAACGGCAUGUACGCGCCACAACAGACUUCUUGGUGGCCAAGAACGUAGAGAUCGAGAAUGCAGUGAACGACAUGCUGGGCAUGAUCGUUGGGUUCGAACUGGAGCCCCAUGGCCUGGGUGUACCCUUCGCUCAUUUCAUUCCUCCUCUCGUUCUAGCCAUGUCACGCCGCUCUGGUUCUUGGAAUGCUGGAUACGGAGCUCAAGGCCGUGGCGGUGGAGGCGGAGGAGGUCAAUGGAGUGGGCAACGAUCGGGCCCCAACAUGGCACACAACCCUUAUGUUGUGCGGAUGCCACGGUUCAUGGAACCGAUCGCAGAGGGGCCGGAGCCAGAGGAUCAGUCAAUGAUCGUCAUUGACAACCGAGACGAUCGUAUGGUUUCUCCUUUUCAGACCUGGUUGGUCUCGGAGAUCAUGGCAAAUGCGGCGAGCUCAAUCAACGUCCUGACAGAACGGGACCAGGUCAUGCCGCCGAACUCCGGCUUUCACCUCGCGCUCUUUGGGAACUACACCCUUGACGGGAUCAAGGUGGUCAUCGCCAUCUCGAUCGAGUCAAACACUGGCAACACCUGUGCAGGGUGGGACGCAGAGACUGCUCAGGCUCUGGCCCACCCCGCUUUUCAGCCAUUCAGCUGGCCGAUGCUCCGUGACACGUCGGCGUCCUAUGUGGACCUGAAGAUCUACAAUGGCAAUGAGAUUCUCCUCCACUGGAUCUUCAGAGGCUUCCGUUCGGACACUGACCUCACGGUGCAGCAACAGUUCGUGGAUGAGUAUUUCGUUCGCGAAGCUAGCAAAGGUCAGCCGAGGCUCUCUGUGGUCGUGGCCGUGUUCCUUGGCUGGCGGGUCUCAGUGCUGAGUUUUGAGUGUGGCGGUCGAACAUACUCGAUCGGCCCCAAAGGCUCAGUUGUGGCUGGCGACUCUGCCCGCUCGAGGUUUGAGAUGCGCGUCUGCUCUCGCGCCUCAGAUGACGCUGUGGGCAAUGACGCAGAUCGCAUCGAGAUGAGGUUCAGAGAUGCCAACAACCGCAUUGAUCUCAAGUGCUCUCGCACAUCAGUGCCAGGGACUUGGCUCACAGUCUCCCACAUCUCUGGUCCGACCUUGAUCCAAACGAUCAAGUCAGUUCGUGAAAACAAAGCCAGGGUCGAGGGACCUGAACAGACAGAGCAGUUCGCUCAACUUGCUGCCGUUCACGAAGGCUGGUGGAAGAGCUCUGUUUGUGAAUCAGAAGACGAUGUGGGGGUGAAGCUCGCUUUUGUGGAAUGUUUGGAGCCUGGAAAUUUCCAUGUUCAGGCAAAGUCCAAGCUCUUUGAGAGAGCGCCGGAGAUCGUGGCACAGAAAGCUUUGGCGGAGAUGCGCCACACGAGCUCAGCUCCAGCUCCGGUUGGCCCUCCGGCAUUGACGUCGGAUGCUUGGCUCCGUGCAGAAGUUGCAGAAGACGAUCAACCAACUGCUCAUGCUGGUGAAUUGGUUGCAGCAAGCAGGCAGGCGGGGAUCGAGCUGAAUGAACGCUCGUUCAACGUCCGCCACUCCAAUCGGGGUGAAGCAGGGCACAUGGUCGACGAUGAACGUGACAGGGCUCGCAUGGAUCGCAGAUUUGCGCGGUCAACUGCAGGGCUCACACCCAUGAUCUUUGCUGAGGAGAUGAUGCGCCGUUCCUACAACACAUCGACGGCCAAGAUCGAAGAGGUGGAUGAAAGCUCUGAGCCACAGCAAGCGGCGCAGGCACGAUCGUCGCAGUCGCAGGCACCACUUUGGGGCCCUGCAGGCGGCUCGACGGGGCCGGUGUCGUCUGUUUUGAGAGAUCUGAAGAUGGAUCAUGUAGAGUUCUGGCUAGCCAUGUCGGAUGAUGAUUUCGAAUCGGCUGAUGAGAAGUUUUCUUCGUUUUUGCCAGCUCUUACUGAUGACCAAGAGAUCUUGGACAAGAUCCUUGUCAGAUUGGAGAUGGUCAACCUUCUGGCCGACAUGGUGGCGCGCUCGUCCAGCAGGGUCCAAGCGGAGAUCGCUUCGGAUCUUGGAUACGGCUCAGCCGAGCCACCCAGAGUCGGAUGCAAGAGGGCGGCAAGCCAGGUGAUCGUGGCUUUGCAGCCCCCGGGCUCUGUAGGCGUGUUGCCAGCAGGCCAAGGAUCAGCGGCUCAAGUGUCCUCGAUCCAGGACGCCGAGAACACAGAGAAGAAGAAGUGGGGUAGGCGUUUGUCACAGAUCUGUGACAGGGCCGGCAGUGCAGCAGGGAUCAACGACCCCGCUCAGUGCAUCGGCCUUGCCCCCGCUGAAGCCGCUCGGCUCCGGGCGCUGGCGUUCGAGGCUGGGGGCUUCAGGACGAUCAGACAAAAUGUCAGAAACUGGGAAAAGUUUGAGGAGUGGUCGGCCGGAAGAGGCCUCCGUGUUUACCCCCCAACGAUCGUGGCCGUGAUGUCGUAUUCACAGCACCUCCGCGAUCAGGGGUGUGGCCCAGCAGUGCUGCCAUCUUUCAAAUACGCCGUGGGCUGGAUCUGCAAGCGGUUGGCCAUGUCUUGCCCAGAAAUGGGCGACGCUCGCCUUAAGGCUCUGAUUGACACAGUUCAUGCAGAACGUGGCAAAGAGCUCAAGGAGGCCAUUCCGCUACCACCGAAGCUCGUGAUAGCGCUGGAGGUCAUGCUGCCCAAGCUCAUCUUCGAGAAGAAGAAUGCAGCGGCGAUCACAGUCUGGUGGGUUUUGAUUUUGAUCUACGCAUCGCUGAGAUUUGACGAUGGGGUGCACGUGGCACCCUCCUCUCUCGAGAUGACCCCAGAAGCUCUUCUUGGAGUGGUUUGGCAAACAAAGGUCGAAAGGAAGAGGAGGGGCACUAGAUUUGCUGUGCCGACCUGUUCCAUCUCUGGAGUAGAAUGGCUCGCAAUGGGAUGGGAUUUGUUCAAGCCGCACAUCUCGGAUCGAGACUAUUUUGUAUGGGAGCUCAAGUCCGAGAAGGAGUUCAACGAAGCUCCGGUGACCUAUUCUCGCGGCCUCUCGUGGCUCAAGGCAUUCAUGCUGAGGGGAAUCAGCGAAGCUCGCAUUCUCAAGUUGGUGGAGGUCAAUGAGAUGGAUGAACUCGAGAAGGCGGUCAGGGAGGUCACCUGGCACUCAAUGCGUGUGACAAUGCUCUCUGAGGCGGUGAAGGCUCAGGUGGACGACAAGAUUGUGGGUCUACAGGCCAACUGGAAAGAUCCCAGCCAGUUGGUUUUGAAGUACGCUCGCCAGCGCAAGGAGCUGUCGGUCGCCAUGGUCAAGAACAUGACAGAGAAGCUCAGGCAAUCAUGGGUGCCGGAUCAGACCCAGUUUGUUGUGGAGGAAGAAGACGAAGAGGUAACGGAACCGAUCGUGCCUGAGUUCAUUGUUAAAAGUUCUUUGCCAGCUAGUGCUUUGAGUUCGUCGGAUCUUAGAUGCCACAUUUUUGACCGUAGGGUCCACGAAGACACAUCGGUCUGUGGUCGACUGAAGCUGCAGGAUGCAGCUUCGGUCGGUACUCAAGCCCCUGGCAUGAUCUGCCAGCUGUGCAAGAACAAGGCUCACACUCCAAAGAUUGCUCUGCGGCAAAUUUUCGGCCGCCUCAGCCUGCGCACUGAAUUGUGUCGGGCAGCUGCAGACAGUGGGCUCUUAUCCGUGGAAGUUUUUGCCAUGCUCGGCGACGCGGCGGCAGCUGUGAAGAACGCGCUCCGGACAGUGAUUCCCACGGCAGCGCUCGGUGCCAAUGCAGCCGAACAAGAGCUCGCCUUGAUGCAGCUCGCAGCAGUGUGGCACUCGUGCCAUGCGCUCCAAGGGCAGUUCGCCACUAGGCGGGCUCGCAUGGAAGAAGACCCCAACAAGGUCCCGGAAAUGGCCCAAGAGGAUCAUGCUGAGUUCAGAGCUCGUUUUGUCACCGCUCACCCUGAUGUGAUCCUCCUGGAUGCCAAGGAGCCUCACAAGAAGUUCGUAGAGAAGGUCAGCCGUGACUUUUUGGUGCAUGGCAUGGUUCCCUACUACGAGGUCUCUGAGAUCCGGACGAGGGCUGACAGCAUCGUUCAGAAGACCGGGCUCACCAAGAAUGCUGAAGAUCUCCUCACGGUCUCAAAAGCAGAUGAACCAGAUCAAGUGACGGAUGUGCAGACGCUGCUCCACCGCGUCCAUGCUCUCUUUAUGGCUAUGGAGUACCUGAAUAUCUGCACGUACUCCAGGGCAGCGGGUCCGCUCAAGUACCUGCAGGAGCUGGAACAGUUCAAGGCGGACUGCCCCGGCCUGCCAUAUCUUGUGGCGGCCGAUGCGUUGAUCCGCAAAAAGGUCCACCGCCUCCAGUCAGAGCAGCGGGAGACCUACACCACGUUCGAGGCCGCUUUGGCCGAGGUGCUCAACAACCACAAAUACCUGUGGAAUGACGCUCGCACCAAGGCAGUUCUCGCCAAGGUGGACCGUGCUCGGACCGUCACCAAAGAUGAGCAAGAUCGAGUGCUGGAGAGCCCGGUCAAAACAGCGGCUCCCUCUAGCCGACGGCGCAAGAAGCGCCACAACAAGGAGGUCGCCAAAGCCACCUCCACCUCGGAGGUCAAACCAGUUCUGAAAGAGGCCUUCAACAAGAAGCAGGACAAGGGGGCCAAGCCGGACAAGGACAAGAGGAUCCCUGACUCCGAGUGGAAGCUCAUCUCCCAGGCGGCCAGUUCGGUCUCUGGACAGAAGCGCUGCCACUAUUUCAAUUCUUCCAUGGGCUGCGCUCUGGCCGACAACUCGGCCCUGGAAGAUCAGGUGGAAACGAAUGACGAGCUGCCGGCUCCGACAGUUUCCCAAGCAAGCUUUUGGGGCUCUAUGCAAAUCCCUUCGGGCUCAUUUUUCCUGGAAAUUUUUGCCGGCAAAGCGGGGCUCUCACAAGCAAUCAGCGCUCGUGGCAUACCCAUUUUGCCGCCCAUAGAGAUCGAAGUGGGCGAUUUUGUUCAGCAAUCAGUCGACGUGCUCGACCCGGCAGUUCAAGCACACCUUCGACUGUUGAUCGAAGCCAAAGUUAUUUUCUACAUUCAUUUUGGCACGCCAUGUUCAAGCUUCAGCAUUGCUCGUAAGAACGAUGGCGGCCCACCGCCACUGCGGGAUCGACACCACCUGUGGGGGCUGCCUGGGCUCCGCCCUCAAGAUCAACGGAAAGUCACCAUGGGAACAGAGUUCAUGUUCUUCACACAGCAGAUGGCUACGCUGUGCCACAAGCUCGGCGUCCUGUGGUCGGUGGAAAACCCUGCCUCUUCUUUUAUUUGGGUCAUGCCACCAAUUUUGGACCUUGCUCAGCUGCCCACCGUGCAGAAGAUCACGUUGGACAUGUGCCGGUUUGGCUCCGUGCACAAAAAGCCGACAUCGAUCAUGGCAGCAAUGGAUCUGCACGAGCUCGCAAGAUCAUGCGAUAUGGUCGCUCGGCCUCAUGAACAUGAACCGUUGGUGGGCAUGGUCACCAUCAACGGCCAGAAGGUUUUCCGUACAAAGUUGGCACAGGUCUACCCCGCGGAGCUCUGUGAUGCCUGGGCCGCUGUGGUCGCAGCAGUGCGAUCUCACGAUCCCCUGGCUGCCACUUUUGAGCUGGUCACGCCUGCCUCAGGUCGCAAGAGGCCGGUCGGCCAACCAGCUCCAUGGAAGUCACACAAGCAGAGGGCAUCGGCCGAAAAGGCCACAGCCGCUGGCUACCAGCUCAAGCGGUCAGCUCUCCCACCGCUGUUGAAUGUGGAAAUGGAGCCGGGUCAAGCAGUGGCAGCAGCUCUUUCAGUUGCUCACCCCUUCACCUUGGAUCCGGCGCUUGACCCGGAUCUGCAAGAAGCUCUGGCUAUGGUCGUUCGCCAGCCACAGUUCGUCCUGGGCCACCGAGCGGGGGCGGUGCAGCGUUGGGAGCAGAGGGCCUACGCGCUCCUCCCGACAACUGAUGCCGUUUUGCAACAAGUUCAAGAUCCUUUUCUUCGUCGACUGCUCCGUGGGCAGCCAGACGAUCAACCACUGCAGUUGGGCUCCUGCACUCAUGUGGCAUUGUGGGAGGAGCUCACUACGGCCGCAUCUUGCGUGGAUCGAGCUCUUUUGUUUGAUUUGCUGCAUGGUUUUUCUAUUGUAGGCCCCAUUCAGCGGUCUGGAAGAUGGGGCCUUCUACAAGCUCCUGACGAACCUCUUUCAAUGGGCGAGUUGCGCUCGCGGGCCUGGGAAUUCUCGCAAAAGGUCAUCAAGAAUGUGAUGCGCUGUGAGAUCACUGAGCACACUGCCAAGGUCUGGGAUGCAACAAUGGAGGAUGUGAAGGAAGGGUCUACGCUCGGCCCCUUUUUCUCUGAACAAGAUGUUUCCAAGUUCCUUGGCACCAAAGAGUGGAUCCCUACACAACGUUUUGAGGUCGUCCAGAAGAAUAAGGUCAGGGGAGUGGAUAGCGCUACGGUCAAUGGCGUGAAUGUUGCCACUACCAUCACGGAGAAGCUCGAGCUCCCUUCAACCGAUGUCAACGUAGCGGCUCUGCGAUGGUUGCGAUCUCACCUCCCGGAAAGGGCUGAAGUCCUAGGAUGGGUGCUCGAUGAGCGGAAAGCCUAUCGCCAGAUCGCGGUGAAGCCUGAUCAGAGGAGGUGGAGCGUGAUCACCAUGAGGGAGCCGAAGGAGGGCAAGAUCGCCUUUUUCGUAAUGUUAGGUCACUCCUUUGGUUUGGUCUCUGCAGUUUACAACUACAACCGUAGGUCUGCUGCCAUUACAGACAUUCUUCGUAGGGUCUUCUUUGUGGCUGCCUUUAACUUCUAUGACGACAAAUACGGGUUCGAACCUGCCGCUACGUGCUCCUCUGCUUUUGAUAUUGCUCAGAAGGUUCAUUGGUGGCUCGGAGCCCAGUUCGAUCAGAAGAAGUUGCAGCUGUGCAAAGACCCCACGAUCCUAGGGGUGACAUACGAUUUGGUCAGCAUGGAGCUCAAGAUCAAACAGUCCAGGAAGAUCGAGCUCUUAGAUGAGAUCUCGUCCGUUUUGUCAUCGCAGGCGAUCGUGCUUGCUCUCAAACAGUGGAAAUGGCUCAUUGAAGAAGGGUCGCCAUCGAAGCCGUGGAUCGGUGGCGUGCUUUUUGCAAAGGGCGAAGUUCCUAUCCAGUUUGGUUGCGAAGUUCAACAGCAGCUCGUGGCCAAGUGGCUCCCACGAAAAUCACAGAUCGCCAUGGUCGAGCUCUUUGCGACCGUUGUAGCUCUCAAGACCUUUGAAACUCGCAUUGCAGGCUCAUGGUCGCUGCUGCUGGUAGAUUCCGAACCUGUUCAAGGUGAGAUCAUCAAGGUGAAGGCACACUACAAUUGGUCUAUGUACCAAGCCUUGCUGAAUGCCACUAAGAGCUCUCUGAAGGCCAUGAAGUUGCGCCUCUCCUCCAACUACCGGGAGGGCAAGCCGCCACCUCCAGCCUUCUUCGAGGUGGACCUCCAACUGAAUGGCGAUGAAGUGGUGUUGAACCCUUCGGUGACCGACAUCCAGGCUGCGAUCAACGGCGGUGCAGUGGCUGUUCUGAAGUGUUCCAAGAUGAUUGAGGCUUGGGAUACAGUCACGAUCCCCAAGAACGUGCAGCUUAUUCUGGAUGCCAACCUUCCUCCGGUGCAGGGAACGGGCUCCCAAGGUACUUUCUAUGACCGAAUCGCACAAGAUCGUGAGAUCCUAAAGGUGGUACUGCUACUGACGGGUAGCAUCCAAUCGGCCAAGAACAUGUGUAACGGCUACUUGACCACCUUCAAAGAAUAUGAGUGGACCUGGAAGGAAAACAUCGAAAAGAAGUAUCAAGAAUUCAAGAGCACAGAUCCCAGUUUGGACGAGACCGAGUCCAAGUUGAAGGAAUUUGUCGCCAUGGAGAGCAAGGUGGAGCAGUUGACAGGUCAACACCAGAUCUCUGCCUUGAUGUUGAAGACGGGGAGCUUGGCUCAAGACCUCAAGGGUUUGGCGGAGAAGUGGAAGUCCUGCUUUGCCAAGGAGUUGCACAAAGAAGCCUUCAACAAAUUGGAAGCCGUCAGUGAGAUGGUCAAAUCCACUCGGAAGAAGCUUUUGCGAGAGGUGGGUUCCGGCGACAUCGACGCGCUGGCCUACGUGAUGCAAACCUUGCAGGAAGUUUAUGCAAAGCAAAGUGAGAUCGAGCUGGAUUUCAUCCCCAUUGAACACAUGUACCGCAUCCUGGAUGAGCACUUGCCCAACAUCAUGGACAAGGAAGAACAAGAUACUCGAUCCAUGCUCAAGAAGAACUGGAAGGACCUGUUAGAAGAGAGCGAAGCCCGUCAGCAUGAGCUCUCUCACAAGCAGAUCCAAUACAAAAAGGACCUCAUCAAAACCGUGAAUUCCUUCAAGAAGGAUGUGACGCGCUUCCGCGCAGAGUACGAGCGCAGUGGGCCGAUGGUGAAGGGCAUCCCUCCACGUGAAGCCGUGGAACGCCUGAAGCGAUUCAAGGAGGAGUUCGAGGUCAGAGAUCGAAAGCAGGAAAUCUACUACAUUGGUGAAGACUUGUUCGGUGUCCCCCAUCAGCGGUACCCAGCCUUGGACACCACCAGACAAGAACUGGGAUACCUGUCGCAACUCUACGACCUCUAUGUAGCGGUUUUGGAGACCAUCAAGGAGUGGAGGGACUAUCUAUGGUGUGAUGUCGGUGAGAACAUGGAGACGAUGCAGAAGAUGAUUGAUAGUUUCGCUGCUCGAUGCAAGAAGAUGCCCAAGCAGCUGCGAGAGUGGCCAGCCUACAACGAGCUGAAGAAGGAGAUUGAGGAUUUCCAAGCCGUGCUGCCACUGUUGCUGGAGCUCGGCAAGCCCAGCAUCAUGCCGCGACACUGGCAGCAGGUCAUGGAUAUCACAGGCAAAGAUUUGCCCAUUGACUCUGAGAAUUUCAAGCUGCAGUCCCUGAUCGACGCGCAGUUGAAUGAAUUCACCGAUGAGAUCUCCGACAUCUGCGAGGGAGCAGACAAACAGUUGGCUUGGAGCCCCAGAUCGGUUGGAAACCGUGACGUUUUGCUUCGGUUGGCGCUGUUGAGGCUGUUGAGGCUGCUGACAUCUUUUUCUUGCCAGCUUCACUGCUCCUGGAUUCUCCGCCUUCAGGUGAUUGAGAGCAAGCUGAAGGAGAUCUCGGGACAGUGGGCCCAGUCCUCAGAAGGCAUGAUGUUCGACUUUGGCACCUGGAAGCAGCGCGACAUUCCCUGCGUCUUAACAGGAGCCAAGGUGGCGGAGACUCAGGAGGCCUUGGAGGAGACGAUGAUGAAUCUCAACACCAUGAACGCCCAACGGCACUCGAUCCCCUUCAAAGAAGAGCUGAAUGGCCUGCUUUCGACGCUGUCGGACACGGGCGACACCAUCGAGCGCUGGUUCAAGGUGCAGCAGAUGUGGACUUCCUUGGAGUCGGUCUUCACCGGAGGUGAUAUCGCCAAAGCCAUGCCCAUGGAGGCAAAGAAGUUCCAACAGAUCGACAAGGAUUGGGUCAAGAUCAUGCAGAAGUCUGCUGACACCAAGUACGUGGUUCCUUGCUGUCAGAACGACAUGCUGAAGCAGAUGCUGCCCAUUCUUGCUGAGGGCCUGGAGAAGUGCCAAAAGUCCUUGGAAAGCUACCUGGAAGGCAAGCGAAACAAGUUCCCGCGAUUCUACUUCACCUCAGAUCCUGUCCUGCUGAAGAUCUUGUCUCAAGGCAGCGACCCUGAAAGCAUCCAAGAGGACUUUGAAAAGCUCUUCGAUGCCAUCAACAGAGUCCAGUUCGACAAGGUGGACAGGAAAAAGAUUGUGAAGAUUAUGGAGACCCAUGGCCCAGUGCAGGAGGAAGUCUCAUUGCAGGGGCCAGUACAAGCACAAGGCAACAUCGAAGACUGGCUCCUAGCAUUGGAGGCUGAAAUGCAGAGAUCCGUGCGCCGGGAAUGCAACAUUUGCUCCAGGGAGUGCGGACAGGUUCUGAACGGCACAUCGAUGUCAGACUUUGGCAAGAAGUGUAUCGCCCAGGUGUCCCUGCUUGGUAUCCAGCUCAUUUGGACCAUUGAUUUUCAAGAUGCCCUCACUCGAAUGGCAAGAGACAAGGACAAGACGGUGAUGGGUGCAGCCAACAAGAAGUUUACUCAGAUGCUGACAGACCUUGUAGCCAUUUGCCUCACGAAUCUGCCAUCGAAGAUGGAACGAACCAAGUUCGAAACUCUGGUGACUGUGCACGUCCAUCAGAAGGACCUCUUCCUGGAGGUCUGGAAGAAGGCUCGUGAAGGCAAAGUGAAGGACGAGAACGACUUCGAAUGGCUGAAGCAAACAAGGCUCUACUGGAAGGCAGAGACCGACCAUGCAGUGGUGUCCAUUGCCGACGUGGACUUCGUGUAUUCCUAUGAGUACUUGGGCUGUAAGGAACGACUUGUCAUCACCGCCUUGACAGAUCGUUGCUACGUGACACAGUCACAGGCUUUGGGCAUGUUCUUCGGUGGAGCGCCAGCAGGGCCGGCGGGAACGGGCAAGACGGAGACGACCAAGGACAUGGGCCGCACCCUGGGAGUGUUCGUGGUUGUCACGAAUUGCUCCGAUCAGCACCGCUUCAGAGACAUGGCCAAGAUCUUCAAGGGCCUUUGCAUGAGCGGACUGUGGGGAUGCUUUGACGAGUUCAAUCGCAUCGAGCUUGAAGUGCUCAGUGUGGUAGCCAUGCAGGUGGAGUCCAUUUGUUCCGCGAAGCGGCAAGCCGUGGCCACCUUCAUGUUCCCAGGUGAGCCAGCACCAAUCAAGCUGGUCCCCUCUGUGGGAUACUUCAUCACCAUGAACCCUGGUUAUGCCGGGCGACAAGAACUGCCUGAGAACGUGAAGGCGCUCUUCAGGAGUGUGGCAAUGAUGGUGCCAAAUCGCGAGACCAUCAUGAAGGUGAAAUUGGCUUCUGUAGGAUAUUCCGGCUUCGAGCUGUUGGGCAAAAAGUUCUGCAUUUUGUAUGCCCUUUGUGAGCAGCAGCUCAGCAAGCAGAGGCACUACGAUUUCGGACUGCGAAACAUCCUGAGUGUCCUGCGAACCAGUGGAGGCGUCAAGCGCUCCGAGCCUCCAGAUGCAGAUGAGGAGAUGCUCUUUAUGCGCACAGUGCGUGACAUGAAUCUGUCAAAGCUGGCCGGGGAGCAUGGCUGUGAUGUGGCUGAUGACGUGCCACUCUUCCUCGCGCUGCUGAAGGAUCUUUUCCCAAAGGUCACUGAUCCACCGAAGAAGGUCUACAAAAACGUGGAGGACGGUUCCAGGGUCGCAGCCUCGGUCUUGAUUUCCAAGAACUUCCUGGUGGAUUGGGACACCUGGAUGUUGAAGGUCAUUCAGCUGUAUGAGACGUCUUUGGUGCGUCAUGGCUUCAUGCUGGUGGGCCCCACACUUUGUGGAAAGACCGAGAUUCGAGACAUCUUGACCACCUGCCUGCACAAUGAUGGCCUGGCUCACAAGCAAGUGGUGAUGAACCCCAAGGCGAUCACAGACUCCCAGAUGUACGGCUACAAGGACCCAGUGAGCGAGGAAUGGACCCCUGGCGUCUUUGCCUCGAUUUGGCAGAGGUAUAACAACCGAGCACUGAAGUACACCACCUGGAUCGUUUGCGAUGGUCCGGUGGAUGCCAUUUGGAUCGAGACCCGUGGCUGCAGGGCCAAGGCAAACAAUGACCGCAUCCCCAUGACGGACAAUUGCAAGAUUGUCUUCGAGGUGGAGAAUCUCCGCAAUGCCUCACCAGCCACGGUAUCCCGUGCCGGAAUUAUUUACGUCAGUGCCUCCGACUUGGGUUGGCAACCCAUCAAAGCCACCUGGAUGCUCCGACGGCCAGAGAUCAACGCGUCGCGUCAGGCAGAGGUGGAUAUCUUGGAUCCUCUCUUCGACAGGUGGCUAAAGCAGAAGCCACCCAAUUCCGGAGCAGCAGAGGACUUCUUCGAUUGGUGCAUGCGAAAUAUCAAGCUGGUGAUGCCCUGUAACGACUCCAUCCUCAUCUGCCAAACGCUGAACCUGCUGUCAUCCUCGUUGAAGUCCUAUGUGGAUGAGAACGCCAUCCCUGCUGAGGACACCUACAGGCGCAUCUUGACCUGGUGCAUCAUGUGGGGCUUCGGUGGGCUACUGGAGCCGGACAUGCGAAAAGUGCUCUGGUCCAAGUUCCAAGAGAUCUUGGAGGAGAGUAAGCACAAGGACGCCAUCCCUCCAUGUGAAGAGGGGCAGACCAUCUUCGAAUGGGUCCCCGACUGGACCGACAAAGCACGACCUUGGAAGAAAUGGGAACCUGAUGAGUGGAAGGCUCCCAAGGUCCUGAACUUCUCCGCGCUCUUGAUUCCAACCAUGGAUUCCGUGCGUGCAGAGUACAUUCUGGACAUCAUUGCCAAGCAUGAUGUGACACGAACACCACCAGCCUUCAAGUCCUGCAUGUUGGUAGGAGCUCCGGGAACGGCCAAAACAUCCACCGCCUUGAUGUACAUCAGCAAGUUCUCCCAGGACGCUAUGCUCUCCAAACGUUUGAAUCUGAGCAGUGCCACCCAGCCAUUGGGCUUCCAGAAGAGCACCUUGGCAGCUGGAAAUGGUAUUGAAGGCGAAAUCGAAAGAAAGACAGGAAAGACCUUCUGCCCACCCGGUGGAAAGAAGAUGACUGUCUUCAUUGAUGAUGCCGCGAUGCCAUUAGUGAACAAGUGGGGCGAUCAGAUCACCAAUGAACUGGCACGACAGCUCAUCGAGAUGAGCGGCUUCUAUUUCUUGGACAAGGACAAGCGUGGUGAUUUUAAGAGCAUUGAGGGCUUGCAGUACAUUGGCGCCAUGGGCCAUCCAGGUGGUGGAAAGAAUGACAUCCCAAACCGCUACAAGUCCAAGUUCAUGUGCUUCAACAUGGUGCUGCCCUCGACGGUCUCGGUGGACAACAUCUUUGGCAGCAUCAUGAAGUCCAAGUUCAGUAGCAAGGCCGGAGCCAAGCCGGACGUCAUCGAUCUCAGCAAGAAGCUGACGGCGGCCACGGUGGAUGUUUGGGAUCGCGUGAAGGGCAAGCUGCUGCCCACGCCCUUGCGUUUCCACUACAUCUUCAACAUGCGUGAUUUGAGCCGAGUGUUCCAGGGAAUUAUGGAAUGCCCUGUGAACGUGGCAAACACGCCGUCCAUCUUGGUGGGUCUUUGGAAGCAUGAAUGCCAGCGCGUCUUUGCCGACAAGCUGUGCCGAGACGUGGACAAGAAUUUGGUGGAGUCGCCUGGAGGGAAACAGGGAGGGUUCAUGCCUCAGCACUUUGGAGAGCAGCUGGCAACUGACAACAAGAACACUGACUGGUAUGCUGACUUUUUGCGCGACAUUGAAUUUGACGACGAAACGGGUGAAGAGAAAGGUGCACCAAAGAUCUACGAACCAGCGGAAUGGGAAACCGUGAAGGGGAAGGCAGAAUGCAGACUGGCCUACUACUAUCUGGGCAAGUACAACGAGGCCUACCCUGCGAAGGUCAUCGCGACCACCAAACGGGCGUCACUUCCUGUCACUUCGUGUCACUUCCCCAUGGCCCAGCUGGCGCCGCACCUUGUGGCCUCCGUGGCCGGCCCCGUGGCCGGCCCCAUGGCUGCCAUGGCUCAAAUGGGGCCAGGCCGCCCUGCACGGGCGUCACGGGCGCCACAGGCGCAGUGGGAUGGCCGUGUCGCGGCGCUGGGCCUCUCCCUGUGCCCUUGGGUCCCCAAGGCGAGGGCCACACGGGGGCGCAGAUCCGCAAGGCAGAGGCUCACGGAGCAGGUGAAGCAAGUCCAAAGAUACAAACGUGGUGAGCUUUCAGAGUUUGACACUGGUGUUUCUACUGGAUAUCAGUCCUUAGAUCAAAAUUUCCGACCAGUGAGAGGUGAAGUGAUCACUCUUUGCGGCCGGCCUGGCAGUGGCAAGAGUGAAUUUAUUCUUUCAGUGGCGCUGAACUUGGCUCAGAAGCAUGGAUGGAAGACUGGGCUGUGCUUGUUUGAGCACAAGGCCGACCAGUUGACCUUGCAGCUACUUGAAAAGAGGACGCAGAAGAACUUUCGUGACUUGGGCUCUCUGUCAACUGAGGAUGAAGCUUGGAUCUCAGAGCACUUCCGGCCCGUGGCUGACUUCUCGGCUGAGAUGGACUUGGAGCAGAUCCUGAGGCGAGCUGGGAGGUAUGCUGAGGAUGGCAACCUGCAGAAUCUCAUCAUCGAUCCAUACAACUACAUUGCCGCACCUCAGGGCCUGGGAAGCGAGUUCUCAGAGACCGAGCUGGUGAGUGGCUACAUGACGCAGCUCCAGCGGUUUGCCAAGAAGUACCAGGUCUGUGUUUGGGUGGUGGUUCAUCCCACCAAGGGAUCUCAGAUUGCUGGUGCGCAGCCCAACUUGUAUGACAUGCAGGGUUCAGCCCACUGGUAUAACAAAUGUGACAAGGGUCUUUAUGUGGUCCGGCCCAACAGGGACCCAGAUGUGGGCUCAACGUGCGAGGUGGAGAUUCAUGUCUUGAAGGUCCGGAAUGGAGACUCAGGUCGUGUGGGAAUAACCAAGCUGGAGUUCCAACCUGAAAUCCGGUCCUACAAGGAGCUUGCCAUGCAGCUGGUGCUCUUCGAUGAGGCCAUGCAGCAUUUGAUGAAGAUCAACCGCACCAUCCAACAGAAGCGUGGCAGUGCCAUGUUGGUCGGCGUCGGAGGUAGCGGCAAGCAGUCUUUGGCAAGGCUUGCUGCCUUCACAUCGUCUCACUAUGCCUUCCAGAUCACCAUUACGAAGACCUACAACGACAACGCUCUCUUCGAAGAUCUGAAAGCCCUCUGCAUCCGCGCGGGCGUCAAGGGCGAGAGCGUGACCUUCAUCUUUACCGAUGCCGAGAUCAAGAGCGAGGGAUUCCUGGAGUACAUGAACUCGCUCUUGGCAACAGGAGAAGUUGUCGGUCUCUUCGCGAAGGAUGAAAAGGACGCCAUGUGCGGCGACGUGCGAAAUGACUUUGUCAAGGACAACCCCAACCUGGAGGAGAACCUGUUGAACAUGUACAACUACCUCAUGGAUCGGCUUCGGGACAACUUGCACGUCUGUUUGUGCUUCUCUCCAGUUAACGCCAAAUUCCCCAUCCGAGCGCAGAAGUUCCCAGCCGUCUUCACGGUGAACAUCAAUUGGUUCAUGCCCUGGCCGGAGGCCGCCCUUGUGGCUGUGAGUAGUGCUUUCUUGAGCACCUACAAGUUGGACUGCAGCGAGCAGGACAAGGGCAGGCUUUACGCCCUAACAGGCAGUUUCCAGGCGCUGACCAGAGACCUCUGCGACGUCUAUUAUCAGCGCAUGCGCAAGAACGUCUAUGUGACGCCCAAGAGCUUCUUAUGCCUCAUUGAUUUCUACAAGGUGCUGUAUGCUGUCAAGUAUGAGGAGAUCAACGUUCAAGAGAGGAGUGUGAACGUAGGUCUGCAGAAGCUCAAGGAAGCCUCCGAGUUUGUGGAGAAGUUGAAGAUUGAACUGAAAGAGCAAGAUGUGGUACUACGAGCCGAAGAGAAGAAGACCACAGCCCUGUUGGAGAAGGUCAUGGCAGAGAAAGGAAAGGCUGACAAGAAAGCUGAGCAGGUGAAUGGUCAGAAGGCCGAAUGCGAAGCAGAGGCCGCCAAGAUCGAAGGUGAGAAGCAAGCAGCCCAAGUGGAGCUGGAUAAGGCUCUGCCUUACCUGCACGAGGCCGAGUCAGCCUGUAACUCCAUCACCAAGAAGGAUAUUACAGAGAUUAAGACCAACAACAAGCCGGUGGACAUCAUCAAGCUCACCUUCGACGGACUUCAAAUUCUACAGUCCAAGCCUGUGCAGAGCGUCAAGGUGGAGGACAAGUUCAUCAACAAGGUCACCGCAUCUUUCCUGGCUGACUCCUACGAAGAAUAUGCCAAGAAGGAGUUGCAGGAUAUGAACUUCUUGAGCAAUAUCCUGGAUUUCGCCGCCAACGACAAGGACAACAUCAACGACGAGACCUGCGAGUUGCUCGAGCCCUAUUUGCGCUUCGAUGAGGACCGCCAUGACUUCAGUGAGGAUGCGGCCAGGAAUUGGAGCCCCUUCGCGCACAAGGUGCUGGACCCGGAGCUGGCAGGCAAGGCCAGUGGUGCCGCAGCAGGUCUGUGCAAGUUCGUGGGGGCCAUGGUGAUGUAUCACGGAGCUGCUAAGAUUGUGAAGCCCAAGAUGGACGCACUAAAAGUGGCCGAAGCAAAGCUGUCCAAGGCGCGCUCUGAAUUGGAAGCGGCCGAAGCGGAGCUGAACAAGGUCUUGGCAGAGGUGGCCGAGCUGGAUGCUGAACUGGCGAAAGCCCAGGCCGUGAUGAACACCUUAAAGGAGAGUGCAGCAGCGAUGCAACGACAGAUGGACGCCGCCAACAAGCUGCUUUCUGGCCUCAGUGGCGAGAAUGCACGAUGGACAGAGGAUUCCAAAAACUUUGCCCUCAGACGAAAGAGGCUUAUUGGCGAUGUGGGAUGUGUUUGCGCCUUCGUCAUCUACUGUGGACCCUUCAACUCCGAGUUCCGUGACAAGCUCUACGCCAGCUUCCAGGCGGACACUCAGAAGAGAAGCGUGCCAGCGCAUGAGAAGAUCCCAGUGGUCAGCUUCUUGGUGGAUCAGGGCACCAUUGGAGAAUGGGCCCUUGAGGGUUUGCCAAGUGAUGAGCUGUCGAUCCAGAACGCUAUCAUGGUGACCCGAUCCUCGCGAUAUCCGUUGAUGGUUGACCCUCAGGGACAGGCCAACCGCUGGAUCAAGUCCCGAGAGAAGGCGAACAUGGCGAAGGGAUGCUAUUGGGGACGGAGGUCAGAUGUUGAGGCUAGAAUCAGCGAGAAUCCAUCCAUGUGCAUCACGACGCUCUCAGCCAAGAACUUGAAGGACCAGAUCGAGUUCACCAUGGGCGAGGGCUUGUGCUUGAUCAUCGAGAACGUUGAGAACGAGGUUGACCCGAUGCUUGAUCCUGUCUUGGACAAACAGAUCAUCAAGAAGGGUAAGAACAGAUACAUCAACGUCAGUGAUCAGAACAUGGACUACAAGGAAAACUUCAGUCUCUACUUCACGUCGCGCUUGCCGAAUCCUCACUUCAGCCCAGAGCUCUCAGCCAAAGCUACCGUGAUUGACUUCACGGUGACGUUGAAGGGAUUGGAACAGCAGCUGCUGGGAAAGCUCAUUGGAAUGGAAAUGAAGAGCCUGGAGGACACACUGGCAGCGCUUGAGGAAGAUGUCUUUUGGUUGUUGGAGCGUUUGUCCAAUUCACAGGGAAAUCUGUUGGAAGACACCGAGCUGAUCGAGGUGCUAGCCAACACAAAGGCAAAGGCGAAGGAAGUGGAGGGCAAACUGAAGGAAGCGGACGAAAGGAAAGUUGAGAUCAACGAGAAGCGCGAACAGUUCAGACCUGUGGCCACCCGAGGCAGUAUCAUGUACUUCAACAUGACAGAUAUGACCAACGUGGUGAACCCAAUUACCAGCCAGGCAUCUGGCUGGAUGUACAACUGCUCGCUGCUUCAGUUCUUGGAACAAUUCGAGAUCUCUGUUCGCAACUCCGAGAAGGCGCAGCCCACCUCGAAGCGCGUGGAGAAGAUCAUCCACUUCUUGACCUACCAGGCAGACGGUGCAUACGGUGCCCAAAUCUUCACCUCCCAGAUGGUGUAUAGGUACAUGAAUCGCGGACUCUAUGAGCGCGACAAGAUGCUCUUCAAGCUCUUGGUGACGCUGAAGAUCAUGACGGUGGCCAAUCAGAUCACCUCUGGUGAUGUUUCCAUCUUGCUGAAGGCCGGCAGCAGCUUGGACCUCAAGGCCGAACGCGCCAAUCCCUUCAGCAAGUGGCUGCCGGACAAGGUCUGGUUGAACGUCUUGGCAAUUUCGCGGCAAGCCUUUGGAGUGGAUCAGAUUGUGUUCUUCCGCGAGAUUGUCGACUUCAUGCAGCGUGACUCGGCUGCGGCUGAAGUGGAUGGCCUAGAGAUGGGCCCCCAGCUGUUGGUUUUUCCGAAAGCGUUCAAGCGGCCGCCUUCUCUGUUUUCACCGGCAGCAGCUCGGGUGUUUGAGCUUCAAAAGGGCAGCUACGUCGACUGCAGUUGA